AGUUACUAUAAGUUUUCCAGCACAUCGGGCGUGCGGAAUAUUCUCUGCUUAACUCUUAAAGAAACAACAUAUUAUUCAUUACAUAUAAACAUGGCAGCUAAUAACAUAUUGUUUGCUGUUUCAUUAUUGUUAUUAUUAACAUUAAAUCUUGUAGAAUGUAAUAUAACUGAGAAGCAAAUGAAAGCCGCAGGAAAAUUGAUUAAAAAUAAUUGUCAGCCGAAGAGCAAAGCUACUGAGGAGGAAAUUACCAAUAUGCAAAAAGGCAUUUUCAGUGACAGUAAAAGUACCAAAUGUUAUGUUCUAUGUACGUUGACGAACAUGAGAGUUGUGAAAAAAACUGGUGAAGCAGAUUGGGAAUCGGCAUAUAGUCAAGCGAUGACGCUGCCUGAUUCUCGUGUUACACCAACUAUUAAAUCACUGGAUAAUUGCAAAGCAAAACUUGAAUUCAACGAUGACAAAUGUGACAAUGCAUGGCGUUUGGGAAAAUGUAUCUACGAAGAUAAUCCAGGGAAUUAUUUCUUGCCUUAAAAUUAAAAUACUAAUGCGGUCUAUUUCUGGGAAAUACGCAAAAUGGCAAUAAACAACAACAAUGAUAAUUUUAUCUUAUUAUUGAUUAUAAUAUUGUUAAUAAAAUUAAUUAUAAAUCUUCAAUUCUUCAAAACUGUUAAGAAAUAAACUUUUAACACUUAAA